CCCGCCCGGCCGCCGGCCUCGGCGCGGCCUCGCCCCGCACUCCGCAGCGCAGCCCCGCCGCCGGGCAGCAUGAAGGUGACCGUGGACUUCGAGGAGUGCCUGAAGGACUCGCCGCGCUUCAGGGCAGCUUUAGAAGAAGUAGAAGGAGAUGUGACAGAACUGGAACUGAAACUUGACAAGCUGGUAAAGCUUUGUAUUGCAAUGAUUGAUACUGGGAAAGCUUUCUGUUUGGCCAACAAGCAGUUUAUGAAUGGAAUUCGAGACCUCGCACAAUAUUCCUGUAAAGAUGCAUUGGUGGAGGCUAACUUGACGAAGUUCUCUGACACUUUACAGGAAAUGAUCAAUUAUCACAAUAUCCUGUUUGACCAGACUCAAAGAUCAAUUAAAGCACAGCUUCAGACUUUUGUUAAAGAGGAUAUUAAAAAAUUUAAAGAUGCAAAGAAGCAGUUUGAAAAAGUUAGUGAAGAAAAAGAGAAUGCUCUAGUAAAAAAUGCCCAAGUUCAAAGAAAUAAGCAACAUGAAGUAGAGGAGGCAACCAAUAUUUUGACUGCAACACGGAAAUGUUUUCGGCACAUAGCUCUGGAUUACGUUCUUCAGAUCAAUGUUCUUCAAUCUAAAAGAAGAUCAGAAAUCUUAAAAUCGAUGUUGUCAUUUAUGUAUGCCCAUUUGACCUUUUUCCAUCAAGGCUAUGAUCUUUUCAGUGAGCUUGGGCCCUACAUGAAAGAUCUGGGUGCACAGCUGGAUCAGUUGGCUGUAGAUGCUGCGAAGGAGAAGAGAGAUAUGGAGCAAAAGCACUCCACUAUUCAACAAAAGGAUUACUCUGGUGACGAUACGAAACUAGAAUACAACGUAGAUGCAGCCAAUGGUAUUGUUAUGGAAGGCUAUCUGUUCAAGCGAGCCAGCAAUGCCUUCAAGACAUGGAACAGGAAAAAGCCAGAUCACAUCAGGCGCUGGUUCUCCAUACAGAAUAACCAACUCGUGUACCAGAAGAAAUUUAAGGAUAAUCCCACAGUAGUUGUUGAAGACUUGCGGCUUUGCACAGUUAAACACUGUGAAGACAUAGAAAGACGUUUCUGUUUUGAGGUGGUUUCUCCAACAAAAAGCUGCAUGCUCCAAGCUGACUCGGAAAAGCUGCGGCAGGCGUGGAUUAAGGCUGUUCAGACCAGUAUUGCUACAGCAUACAGAGAGAAAGGGGACGAAUCUGAGAAACAGGAAAAGAAAUCAUCCCCUUCUACUGGAAGCCUGGAAUCUGGCAGCGAGACAAAAGAGAAGUUGUUAAAGGGAGAAAGUGCUCUACAGCGAGUUCAGUGCAUUCCUGGUAAUGCUGCCUGCUGCGACUGUGGCCUGGCAGAUCCUCGCUGGGCCAGCAUCAACCUUGGAAUCACACUGUGCAUCGAGUGCUCUGGGAUACACAGGAGCUUAGGAGUCCACUUCUCAAAAGUAAGAUCUCUGACCUUGGAUUCAUGGGAACCUGAACUUCUGAAGCUUAUGUGUGAAUUAGGAAAUGAUGUUAUAAAUAGAAUAUAUGAAGCAAAGUUGGAAAAAGUGGGAGUAAAGAAGCCUCAGCCUGGAAGCCAAAGACAAGAGAAGGAGGCGUACAUCAAAGCAAAAUACGUGGAAAGAAGAUUUGUAGAAAAGCAGCCUGCAGCAGCAGUAUCUCCACUUGAAUCCAGAACAAAAGUUUUACCUCAAAGCCAGGAAGAGAAAAGGCACAGUGCUCCUGAAAAAUCCCUUUUGGCAGUAGAACAAGGUGUGGCAUCUCCAAGAGUAAGAAGCAGUGACAGUGGGAUCCAGCAGAGUGUUGAUGACAGCAGAGAAUACCUUGCCUCAACUAUAUCAGCUAACAGCUUGUAUGAACCAGAAGGAGAAAAGCAAGAAUCUUCUGUGUUCUAUGACUCCAGACAGCUUAAUCCAGGAUUGCAUCUUUAUCGAGCUGCCUUUGAGAAGAAUCUUCCAGAUAUGGCAGAAGCAUUGGCCCAUGGAGCUGAAGUAAAUUGGGUCAAUAUGGAAGAAAACAAAGCAACUCCACUCAUUCAGGCAGUGCGAGGGGGUUCAUUGGUUACUUGUGAAUUCCUGCUGCAGAAUGGUGCCAAUGUGAACAUCAGGGACAUGAAAGGAAGAGGACCCCUACACCACGCCACAGUUCUAGGACACACAGGGCAAGUGUGUUUAUUCCUAAAACGAGGAGCAAACCAGCAUGCUACUGAUGAAGAUGGGAAAGAUCCACUGAGUAUAGCUGUAGAGGCUGCAAAUGCAGAUAUUGUAACAUUGUUGCGUUUAGCAAGGAUGAAUGAAGAAAUGCGUGAAUCAGAAGGGCUCUAUGGACAGCCAGGAGAUGAAAUUUAUCAGGACAUUUUUCGUGACUUUUCUCAAAUGGCAUCAAAUAAUCCAGAGAAGCUAAACCGUUUCCAGCAGUCAGAUUCCCAGAAGCCUUAAGUGUCAAGAAGGAAAAGAACCUGCUCCUUGUAGUGCAAGUCGUCUUUGCGUUAACAGAAUGAAUUAUACGUGUUUUGUUAGUUUGGAUAAAAUGACCACUCUAAAUGUAGCUGUAGAUUGCGGUAGCUGGGGAAUUGUAUACAGGUUUUUAUGUUGUACAGUACAUAUACCUCAGCAGCUGAAAAAUAUGUUUAUUAUUAAAAAAAAAAAAAAAAGGAAUACCUGCUAGCUCAGUAUAGAAAUAGUACCUGUUAGCAAGUACCAUGUUCGUCUGUGACUCGUAUGUGAAGUUAGCAGAGCACAGCUGUGUGUGUUGCAGAUGGUGACCGAGGGUUUGGAUCAGCUUUGCUUGUCGGUAUCCUCUGCUGUCACCUGUCUCACUAUUGCCAUAAAGAUGCACCUCUGACAAGAAGGUCUAGGUUGCAUUUUCUUGGACUGUUUGGAAGGGAAAUCAGGUAAUGACUUGCUGAAUCGUCCUUCUGCCUGUGGGCCUGUAACUUACAGGAUUCUCUUGUUCCUGUGCUGAAACUGGUUAGAGGCAGGCUGUUAUUAACAAGGUGUGGGAGCUUUUCUCUUUUUCAAGCUCUUUGGCAGUGGAAGCUUUAACACCAGGCUGGCCUUUAUGCUGGUGACUGCAGGUCAGUCACAGUAGGUGUAUAUCCCGAAGGACCAAAUUUCUAAGAGUAGUUUAUGUUUUUCUUUUUUCUUUUUUAUUUCCCUUUCUAAAAUUAAGACUUGCUGUGAAGGAAGUAACUUUUAAAUGAGCACUUGGAACCUUUCAUGAGGAAAAAUAAAUGUAAUCCUGCUGGACAUUAUGUGGGUUUUGUCAGUAUUUUGAUAUCCAGACACGAAAAUUGAGACAUUAAAGUAAAAAACAGAAAGCUGAAAGUGUUUGUGCAGAACAAUCACGCAAAGGCUGUUUGUCACCUCUGCUGUUCUCACUGCUAGCCCUAAACUCUGUAUAUAAAACUCCAUAUUGUAAAACAGCCAUCCUAAAUUCAGGUAAAUCAAGCAUGGUGUAAUAUACACGUUUUUGCAGAUUUUAUUUACAUGUCUAAGCUAACAUUUGCAGAAGGAAAUCUAGGAAUUUUGCUGCACAUUCUUGCAAAGAAACAAAUGAGUGCAGUCUGCAGUUGUACUGAGGGCAGCAGCACAAACAGUUUGCUUUUUUCAGUGAGCUCCACUCUGCUGAUGUGCAUGCAUAAAUGGUGUCUGUAGGAAUGUGCUUAUGUGUCAGGUUAGGUAGUGCCUAGAUCAUUGUCACUUGAAGCCAUAAAGCAGUCAGCGCAGUUCUUUAUGCUUUAUUUGUCCCAAGAAAAACUUGAGGAGAAUUUUUAGUUACAUCCUUGUGUGUUUUUUGUAGUCCUGUUAGCCACAGCACUAUGCUAACCUUCUGUAUAUGCAGGAAAUGAAUGGGGUUUUCUCCAAGUUGCUUAAUAACCAAAAUCGGGCAAAGAAUUUUUGUAGGUUAUGGUAAAGUUAAACUUCCUAGCGUGCUAAUAUUUAACAAGGCUUUUCACAUAUAUAUUAUUUUGCAGAAAAUGUAUAGCCAUGCAUUUAAUCUGAAUGAUUCUUGAUGCAAAGUGAAUAACAUCUGAAAAGUGAGCAGUAAGUUUUCCAAGCAAAAGAAUCUUAAAAACGGUUUUUGCUUCAUGUGUGGUGAAAUUAUGCUAGGAAAAGCAGAUUCUGCCCACUUCAAGGGUGAGUUUAGUUGAAUAAUAAGCAACUUAAUAGAAAUUACUGCUUAUAGAUGAUUCAUAACCUUUUUAAAUAAUUGUUUAUGAAAUGAUAUUAUACUUUCUGAUCUGUAUUUAACAGUAGUGGAUGUUUUGUUAGUAGAUUUUAGAGGAA